GGCUGCCCGAAACCUCCCAACGCUCCCAGCCUGUUGCUUAUUCAUUCAGAGUGGGAAAGCGCCAGCCCAGCGGCCAGCCAGUACCGGGCUGGCCAUGUAAGGCCCCCAGGCAGUCCUGCCUGUCCGGUGCCCUGCAGAGAGCCUCGUGCAGCCCUGGGCACCGCCCCUGCCCUGCCCUGACCCCUUGGCCUCGAAAUGCUGUCAUCGGAGGAGCCGUCCCGCUCGGGACAAGGCCAGGAUGGACAAAGCUAGAGCUGGGGCAGGCAAGGAGCCGUCCUGUCCUCGAGGCCGUGGGAAGAGAAGCACGUACAGGAGUACACUCCUGAGAGCCUCUCGGUCCACCAGGCCUCUGCAGAGGGGCCACCAUGGCUGUAGCCCGAGCAUGCUGGCAGCUGGGGGCCCUGGUGUGGGGCGCCUGCCUCUGCGUCCUGGUGCACGGGCAGGAGGCGCGGCAGGGGCAGGGCUCAGACCCGGGGCGCUGGCGGCAGCUGAUUCAGUGGGAGAACAACGGGCAGGUGUACAGCCUGCUCAACUCCGGCUCAGAGUACGUGCCGGCCGGGCCCCAGCGCACCGACAGUAGCUCCCGAGUGCUGCUAGCCGGCGCACCCCAGGCCCCGCAGCGGCGCAGCCAAGGAGGCCCCCGGCGUCGGCAAGCCCCGUCGCUGCCCCUGCCAGGGCGCGUCGGCUCGGACACCGUGCGCGGCCAGGCGCGGCACCCGUUCGGCUUCGGCCAGGUGCCCGACAACUGGCGCGAGGUGGCCGUCGGGGACAGCACUGGCAUGGCCCGGGUCCGCACCUCCGUCUCCCAGCAACGACACGGGGGCUCCGCCUCCUCGGUCUCGGCCUCGGCCUUCGCCACCACCUACCGCCAGCCGCCCUCCUUCCCUCAGCAGUUCCCCUACCCGCAGGCGCCCUUCGUCAGCCAGUACGAGACCUACGACCCCGCGUCGCGGACCUACGACCAGGGCUACGUGUACUACCGCGGCGGCGGCGGCGGGGGCGCGGGGGCGGCGGCCGUGGCCUCGGCGGGGGUCAUCUACCCCUUCCAGCCGCGGGCGCGCUACGAGGAGUACGGUGGAGGCGAGGAGCAGCCCGAGUACCCGCCGCAGGCCUUCUACCCGGCCCCCGAGAGGCCCUACGCGCCGCCCCCGCCGCCGCCGCCCGCCGACGGCCUGGAUCGCCGCUACUCGCACAGCCUGUACCACGAGGGCACCGCCGGCUUCGAGCAGCCCUACCCCGACCCGGGCUCCGACGCGCCGCCCGCCGGCGGCGGCGCCUACGCCGCUGACCCCCGCCUCGGCUGGUACCCGCCCUACGCCAACGUGCCGCCCGAGGCCUACGUCCCGCCGCGGGCCGUGGAGCCGCAGCCCCCGUUUCGCGUGCUGGAGCCGCCCUACCUGCCGGUGCGCAGCUCCGACGCGCCCCCGCCCGGUGGGGAGCGCGGCGGCGCGCAGCAGGGCCGCCUCAGCGUGGGCAGCGUGUACCGGCCCAACCAGAACGGCCGUGGUCUCCCUGAUUUGGUCCCGGACCCCAACUACGUGCAAGCAUCCACUUAUGUCCAGAGAGCCCACCUGUACUCUCUGCGCUGUGCUGCGGAGGAGAAGUGUCUGGCCAGCACGGCCUACACUCCCGAGGCCACUGACUAUGACGUACGGGUGCUGCUCCGCUUCCCCCAGCGAGUGAAGAACCAGGGAGCCGCGGACUUCCUCCCGCACCGGCCACGGCACGCCUGGGAGUGGCACAGCUGUCACCAACAUUACCACAGCAUGGAUGAGUUCAGCCACUACGACCUGCUGGAUGCAGCCACAGGCAAGAAGGUAGCCGAGGGCCACAAGGCCAGCUUCUGCCUGGAGGACAGCACCUGUGACUUCGGCAACCUCAAGCGCUACGCAUGCACCUCUCACACGCAGGGCCUGAGCCCCGGCUGCUAUGACACUUACAACGCGGACAUCGACUGCCAGUGGAUUGACAUAACUGAUGUGCAGCCUGGGAACUAUGUCCUCAAGAGACACCAAGGCACCUUCGGCCCAGGUGCGGUGAUGCUACAGGAGGCAGUGACACUGUCUUCCCUAAGCGACAGAGGAUUUGAAGUGCGGUGCACCCCCCCGUCUGCAGACAGGGCAGGCUUUGUGCCAUCUGGAAGGGGACCCUGCCAUUCUCUGAAGAGACCCUCCACUCCUCACAGUGACCCCUGCAAAGCCCAGGGCUCCUGUGACCAAGAGUCCCUCUGGCCUGAACCCCUCCUGCAAUGAAUGCUACUCCAGAGCCACUUCCCUGGGGGUGGGGUGAGAGUGGGUAGAAAAGCAUGUUAAGGACACACAGCCCCAUGUGGUACAUCCAUGCAGGCUGUGCUGGGGCCUGGGCAUCGCUGUCUCACCUGGGGAAGUCAAAGGUCAGCCUCCUCUGUGAAGGUGCAAAGCAAAGGUGGGGAACCACUCCACCAGGGCCCCUGGACCCGCAGCUCCACACCCCAGAGCAGCAAAGACAGAGCUGUGAGCAGUGACGAUGGGCUUGGGAGGUGCUCUAACCUGCAUGAACACAGCCUGCCGGGAAAGCUGCAUUCAGAAUGCAGCAACCCAGAAGCCACUGGUUACAGUCCGGUCCCAAGCACCUCCCAGCAGGCUCAGAGGCCCCUCUGCUCAACUCACCCAGGGGCCAGGGUUCUUCUCCUUCCCUUGGUUCAUCCACUCACCAGACAUGGGCAAAGGACCCUCUGAGUUCCAGGCAGUAGGGAAUGGAACCACCUAAGUAAUGCACAAUUCCUGCCCUUGGGGAGUGUAAAGGAUUUAAAAGUAACACGUUCUUCCAUGUUCUGCAAAUAUUAGUCUGGGUGUAGCCUACCCCAGUGAAGCACCCCCUCCCCAGUUAAUCCGACAUUUAGAAGGCUUCCUGUGUCCCAGUGGUUCUUCAGACAAAAGGCACGGGUGGGCCAUCAUCUCACUGAGCGUCAGGUUCUCCAGCUCCAGGGCGGGAGAUGCCACCUGGCAGCAGACAACCCUUCCAUCGGUCAUGUAGACAGGCAUGGGUGGUAACAGGGUGCCAGCCUCAGACUCAGGAGACCAGCCUUGGCAUCCCUGCCCAGCCCCUGCCCCCCAUUCACUGCUGUGUUCCCUGGGGCAGUGACUCAACCUCUCUGACCCUGAGUGCCCAGUGGAGGGCCCACCUGGCCCAGGCUCUGGCUCCGGGGAAGCUUCCCACAUUCCUAUAAGGGUGAUCUGGCGAUGUUUUCUUUGACCACGAGCUGUCUCUUCUUUCCUCUCUCUCUUUCCAUGUCUCUCCACCAGUGUGGCUCUGUCUCCGUAUCUCUUGGUCUUGAGGGGUCUUCCUCCAUCAUCCUAUAUCCUUCUGUCGUCUGUCUCCUCCACGUCUGUCUGUCUGCGUCUCCGGGGCCUUCCCUAAUGACCAGGUGAAAUGCAGCCCCCUGACCAGGUCCCUUUGCCCUC